GUAAAAAUUCUUCUCGACUGUUUUGACGUUUGUCAUCAUCUCGAUAUGCGCGACGAAAGUUGGCGGAUACUGGAAAAAAUUUGUGAGGGUUCUAUUCCUGAAGUGUGCUUUCAGAAGGUAGCAAAGCGAUUGCUGCUGUUUCCCUUGCAUCGAAGAGCUUUACCUCUUCUGCGCAUGGUUGAGCAAGGCUUCUCCGAUCCCCAGUUCCUCGUGCAGUUGGCCAUUUUCUUGCCUUCGUUGGUUACGGAGAAAUUACCAGAAAAUAACCUCCUACUUCAGUUAGUUUGUUAUGUACAAAUGGAAGAUUGGAGCUCUGUUUCAACUUGUGUGAUCGCAGCACUCGCUGACGAAGAAACUUCGCAAUCAUCCCUGCUUGAUGGAAUUUUUGGGCAAUUGACGACGGGUGAAGUACUGCAGCAAGUAUUUCUUCUCUCCCAGUGGUAUGUGGAAGGCUCCAUUCACUGGCUUACCCUUCAGAUGCUUAAUGGUGAGGACGAAAUUAUUUUACUCUGCUGGUUCGUACCGUAG